GGUCAGACAGCACUGGGCUCUGAUCCGUCGACGUGCUUCUCUACUUAGCUUAGCGGUGUAUUUCCUGAGAAGACGUAGGCUGCACAGCAACAUAUCAGGGUCCAUCUUGUGAUCAUCACUUUUUCUCCCAACUCCCUUUUCCUGGUUUUGCUUUUAGUUUACAUUUUUUUAAUUUUUUUUAUAAUUUUGGUGAAGCGUUAAAAAGUUGCCAUCCCGAAGCGGCAACCAGUUUUUUGAUGGUCUGGGGUCAGUCUGUACCCACCGUCGGACACAAGCCUUGUAGGUUGAUCAGAUCACAGGAAGAAACAUGAGUAAGGCCAGUGGGAUAAAAGGGCCCAGCAAGAUAGGGAGACCGCCUGGGACAGCGGCCCCUAAGACCAACCCCAGCUCAGCAGGAUCUAAAGUUGCUGCAACCAACAAACCGGCUCCAGACGCCAGUGCAGAAGAUGGUGCCGAGGAGAGCUUCCAGGUUGGAGAGCGAGUCUGGGUUAAUGGGAAUAAGUCAGGCCACAUACAGUUUUUGGGAGAGGCUCAGUUUGCACCAGGGCAGUGGGCAGGGAUUGUUCUGGAUGAGGCAAUUGGGAAGAAUGAUGGCUCAGUGGCAGGGGUGCGCUACUUCCAGUGUGAUGCCCUGCGAGGGAUAUUUACCCGCCCAUCCAAGUUGUCUCGCACAGAGGGGGAGGCUAAUGGAACUCUGACGGCACCCCCCUCCCGCGCUUCUUCACCAACUCCUUCAGUUAGCAGCGUCGCCUCACAUACACCUGCCACAAAAUCAACAUUACCCUCAACUACCACAUCAACCAAGAAGACCUCCUCCACUACGCCAGCGACACCGGGGACACCGGUGACACCAUCUAACCUCACACGCACAAACAGUGAAUCUGUCUCCAACCUCUCUGAGACUGGAUCCGUCAAGAAAGGGGAAAGAGAACUGAAGAUGGGCGACAGAGUAUUGGUCGGUGGUACAAAGGCAGGGGUGGUACGUUUCCUUGGAGAAACCGAUUUUGCCAAAGGCGAGUGGUGCGGUGUGGAAUUGGAUGAGCCCUUAGGAAAGAACGACGGGGCCGUGGCAGGCACAAGAUAUUUUCAGUGCCAACCGAAGUACGGCUUAUUUGCUCCAGUCCACAAAGUCACACGCAUCGGCUUCCCUUCCACCACGCCAGCCAAAGCAAAAACAACGGUUCGGAAAGUAGUGGCCACACCAACUGGGCUAAAGCGCAGCCCGAGUGCCUCCUCUAUCAGUAGCAUGAGCUCUGUGGCGUCCUCUGUCAGCGCCAAGCCCAGCCGCACAGGCCUGCUAACAGAGACAUCAUCACGGUAUAAUCGUAAGAUUUCCGGCACCACCGCCCUGCAGGAGGCGCUGAAGGAGAAGCAGCAGCACAUCGAGCAGCUUAUGAAUGAAAGGGACACGGAGAGAGCUGAAGUCGCCAAGGCAACAGGCCACGCUGGAGAGAUGGCGCAAGAAAUGGGCCUGCUCAGGGACGAUCAGGAGCAGAUGGAGACCAAGAUGGAUCAGUUACGAGCCUUGGUAGAAGCUGCAGACAAAGACAAAGUGGAUUUGCUGAAUCAGCUGGAAGAGGAGCGAAGAAAAGUGGAGGACCUUCAGUUCCGCGUGGAGGAAGCUUGCAUUACCAAAGGAGACCUGGAGACGCAGACCAGACUGGAGCAUGCCCACAUUAAGGAGCUUGAACAGAGCCUACUCUUUGAAAAGACCAAAGCUGAGAAACUCCAAAGAGAGUUAGAAGACAAUAGGGUUGCUACUGUGUCAGAAAGAUCCCGUAUUAUGGACCUUGAGAGGGACCUUUCACUACGAAGCCGAGAGGUAGCGGACCUGCAGCUGCGUCUCGGGUCCCAACAGGGCUCUGAAGACUCAAACUCUACCCUUUCUCCCCUUCUGGAAGAGAUAAACUCUCUGAGGGAUCAGCUGACUUCCCAAGAAACAAAGCAGAAAGAAGAACUAGCAAAGUACAAGGAGAAGUUAGAAGCCCAAGAAAAGAGCCACAGUGAGGCAGCCGCCCAGCUUCAGGCUGCGUCGGUCCGGCUCUCUGGUGAACACGAGCAGCUUCAGAUGCGCUUAAGCCAGGCUGAGAAAGAGAACGCUGACAAAAUUGAUCUGUGGCGUUCCAAGUUUGAGUCUUCCAUCGCCUCUCAUCAGCAAGCCAUGGACGAGCUAAAGGUAUCUUUUAGCAAAGGUGCAGGGGCCCAGGCAGAAGAACUUAUUGAAACCAAAAGUGCACUUGAAAGGCUGAAGGUAGAGCACCCGUUGGCUCUAGAGGAGGCUGGUGCCAAACAUGAGGCCGAUGCUGCAGCUUGGACUCGGAAGAAGCAGGCGCUGAAGACACAGCUGUCGUCUUUGAUUGAUGAUAAGGAGCGACUGGAGGAUUCUCUAGAGUCCAGCGUUGAAAGAGUAGAGGAGCAGCACCUGGUGGAGAUGGAGGAUGUUCUUGGAAAACUUCAUGCAGGCGAACUUAGGGUGAAGGAGCUUGAGGAUAAAGAAACCAUGUUGGCACAACAGGCCCAAGACAAGGAUAGAGAAACCAAAGAGCAGAUGUCAGAAAUAGUGGCUCUGCGCAGCCAAGUAGCACAAGGUAACCAGGAACUUGUCACCCUGAAGAGUCAAAUAGAGCUGGUUCAGAACCAAGGGAACAGCCAGGAUUCAAAGGUUAGUGAAUUGAGCUCACAGGUGGAGUGCCGACAGCAGGAAGUCCUCUCUUUAAAGCAGACUCUGACCACUGUACAGCAGGAGAAGGACGCCCUGGAACAGGAGCUUGGAGGCAUGAAACAAAAGAUGGCUGACAGCACAGAGGAGCAGACUAAAUCAUCAAACUCUAUGCAAGAAACACUUGAGAAGCUCAGUCAGAAGGAAGAGCAGUGCACUUCUCUGACCACCGAGUCAGAGUCUUUAAGAAGUCAGCUUUCCGGCCUGGAGAGAAAGCUGAAGGCUGCAGAUGAAAAGCGUGAGCAGCUUUCAAAGGACAAAUGCAAGCUGGAAAAUGAUAUUUCAGACAUGAUGAAGACAUCUGGCGAUAGUUCAGUACAGCUGACAAAAAUGAAUGAAGAUCUCAUGCAAAAAGAAAGGAGGCUUGAGGAGUUACAGAGUCAACUAACCGAGGAGAAGGAGAAGGUGGCACACUCAAAUGAACAACUGCAGCAAGAACAGACCCGCAAAGAGCAGGAGCUGAAAGAGACCAGAGACGCACAUCAGGCUCAAAUGAGUAGCCUUCAGGACAACAUUACUAACCUGGAGAAGGCUGUAAAACAGAGUGAGACCUUAGUUGAGGAGCUAAAGGAGACGCAAGAGAAAUCCUCCUCUCAGGCUUCAGAGCUCCAUGCAAAGGACCUUGGGGUUCUUCAGAGUCAGGUAGACACGUUGAAGCAGGAGCUCUCCUCAUCCAAGGACAAAACCAAAGAGCUGGAGAAUUUGGUUUCUGAGUUGCAGACUUACAAAGAACAGGCUAAGUGUCUUUCUGCUGAGCUUGACUCCCACAAGCAUGAUGUUGAACAGUUGUCCAAAGAUAUGGAAAAGCAAAAUCUAGAUCUGGAAAAUAGAUGUAAGGAAAGUGAAGAUGUUAAGGCGGAGAAAAGCAAACUGGAGAAACAGCUUUCAGAUGUACAGACCAAGUUCUCUGCCCUUGAGAUUAGUCACCAGGAGCUUUCAGUCCAGACUGAAGAACUGUUAUUAACUGAGAAAAAGCUCUCAAAACAUCAAGAGGAACUACUUGCCAACAACAAAUCCUCAGCUGAAGAAAGGAAUUCAUUGAACACGGAGUUGAAGAAGCUUGAGCAAGAGAAGCAAACGUUUUGCCUUCAGAGUUCUGAAAUUGAGAUGUCUCUACAUGUUGUACGAAAAGAAAACAUGAGCCUGGAUUCAGCAUUAGAGCAGCAGAAAAUGGAUUAUGAGCGUUUAGCGGGAGAGAAGGGAGAGUUGGAAAAGAUGCACACUAAAACCCUAUCUGAGAGUAAUGCUCUUUCUCUAGAGCGUGAUAAGCUAGCUAGUGAAAUCCGAACAAAUAGAAACCAGUUGGAUAGUAACUCCAAAACUAAUGAUGCUGUUGUUCAAGAGAAGUCUCAUCUAACAACAAUGCUAGAGGAAGGCAAACGGCAAAAAGACCAAAUUGAAGCAGAGAUGAACUCAUUGAAACGAGAAAAGGCUGACUUACAAAAUGAGCUUCAGAAACACAACUCUGAUAUUGAAACUCUUAAAAAUGGCAAAGCUGAACUUAUUCAAGAGCACAGUAAACUAAAAACAGAUUUUGAGAAGGCUAAUUCUGAACUUGUUAAACAGGUUGAUAACCUUUCUAAAGAUAGUCAGGGUCUGAAGUCGUUGCAGGCUGACACCGACAACAAAGUGCAGUCCUUGCAGAACGAGAAUCAGGGUCUGCUUCAAGAGAUCCAAGAGUUAAAAAGUAAGAUUGAAUCGAUAUCAGGGGCCAAGCAACUUCUUGAGGCCCAGCUACAGACUGAGUCCGGUGAAUGCAAUAAAACUAAAUCUGACAAGGAGGGUCUCUCCAAACAAAUUGAGGAGCUGAAGAAAACAUUGUCUAAGGUCACAGAUGAAAAUAAAGAGAUUUCUUCUAACCUUAGGAAUACUGAUGAGCAAAACAAGUCUUUUGUCAUGGACGCGAAGGCAUUAAAAACGCAAUUGAAGCAGCGAGAGCAAGAAACUAGUCAGUUGACAACAGAUAAAGAACAGCUAUCAUCUAAGCUUGAGGAUACAGGCAAACAGAUGACCUCGCUGACCACAGAGAAGGAAGACCUUUUAGCUGCAAAGUGUCAAUUGGAGCAGAACAUUUCUUCUCUCAACACAAGCCAAGAAACCUUGCAUGCAGAACGGUCAAAACUCCUCGGGGAGAUGGAGAAGAUGCACGCUAGCCAGAGACAACUAGAGAUUGAUGUCAAGGACCUAAAAACCAAUAAAGAACUUUUGGAUAAACAAUACCAGAGUGCUGUCGCAGAGGUGUCUGCUUCCUCUGUUGUUAAAGAAGAGAUUUCCUCAAGCAUCUCAAAUCUAGCGGCUCAGAAGGAGGCCCUGCAGGUGGAGAGAGAUGAAGCCCAGCAGCAAGUCAGGCAGCUGGAAUCCCAACUAAAAAAUGCCAUUUCUAAGCAGCUUGAGGCUACAGAGGUCUCUGGCACGACCGCUGAGGCUCUGGAACAGCUGACAAAAGAGAAAGCCACUUUGAUGCAGGAGAAGAAUGAAGCUCAAUCUUUGCUCGAGGAGCUCCGAGGCUCCACGCAGAAGACGCAGACACAGCUGAAAACAUUGAAGAAAAACAAUUCCAAGUAUCAAGAUGACCUGAAUGUAUCCAAAGAGCAGCUUUGCAUAGAAACUCAGAGGACUGAGAGUCUGUGUAAGGAAAUAGAGGAGCUCAAAGAAGCAGAUUCUGCAAAGACGCAGAAGCUGCAAGAUGAGAAGAACAAGCUGAAUCAGGAGCUCGAAAACAAUCAGAAUCACCAGAGUGAUCUUGAAAAGCUCAAGGAUGAAAACUCAAAACUCAAAAAGCAGUUGAAGCAAAGUGAGAGCACCUCGAAGGACCAGCAUGAAAAGGAGAAGGCUACCCUCCAGAAGUCCAUCAAUAAAAACAGUGCCUUAAUUUCGGAAAAGGACCAGCAGGUGGAAACCCUGAAGAGCGAGCUGGGCGCACUGCGUGGGGAAAGUGCCUCGGUUAAGACUCUCCAGGGGACGAUUGAGGCCUUGGAGCGGGACAAGACUAAGUUACAGGAUCGAGUUCAAAGACUGGAGAAGGACCGGGCGGCAGGUCCUGAAAGCAUCAACAGGUCCUCAGGUGAUGAAGUUUUGGAGCAACUAAGGGACGAAAAGCAGAACGCAGAGGCAGCGAUCGAGUUCCUGAAUUCAGUCAUCGUUGACCUCCAGAAGAAGAAUAAGGAACAGAAGGCAGACUUGGAGACAAUGGCUGCUGCUGCUCUGAAUGGAAAUAAUCCAAGUGAGCUGGAUAACUAUGAUGACCACGAUAAUCAACCCACAAAGAAGAAGCUUCCUCCAAGACUUUUCUGUGACAUCUGCGACUGCUUCGACCUCCAUGACACCGAGGACUGUCCCACACAGAUGCAGAUGCCCGACUCUCCUCCACACACCGUCUACCACGGCGCUAAGGGCGAGGAUCGGCCCUACUGCAACAUCUGCGAGGUCUUUGGCCACUGGACCGAAUCCUGUAACGAUGACCAGACCUUUUAAGCCUUUUUUUCCCACCCUCGUUUCCCACAAUCAGUACAUUUGCACAUAAUGUUACAUUUACGCUGUGCUUUAUGGGUUUGGGUUUGUACGUGUGCAUUUGUGUGCUUGAUUUUGCAAAGCAUAUCUGUUGUCCUUAAGCGCUCUUAUGGGAAAACGUCCUCCUCAGAAUCCCUUCAUACAAAAAAACCUUCAGAGAUAAUAAUUUACAGCGGUUAACUGUUUGUAUCUGUAAAACAUUUUGAUAUCCUGGGCGUGUGUGAGUGAGAAGAUGAUGCGGGGGAUGUUUCAUGGUGGGAGAAGCGAUGAUCUUCUCAUCAUUUAAUUUAUCAAUAUCCUAACAUUGUUUGCACAGCUUGUUGGGGGCUACAAGAUAAUAUAGUAUCAUAAGAGGUGUUUAUUUGAAACUGUAAAUUACUUGAUUGAAAAAAUAUCAGUUUGCGCAAAAACAUUGGUGAGCUAUAGUUUAUUUUUUUAUGCCUGGAAAUAUGAUGUACUCUUUAAAGGUUAAAUAGUAUGUGUGUAGUUUGGUGAAAGGUGAUCACAGGGAGAAACUUUCUCUGUCUUCCUGGAGUGCAGCGGAGAAACCCAGUGCUGUUUGGCUUUAAUGGGAACAUUUUGUAUGGUCUUCAUGAAGGAACUGAUGGACGAUUUCUUGAAAAGAAGCAGUGAAAGCACUUCAAACUCAGUUCCCGUGAAAUGCCCUUUCCAAAAGGUUUCUUUGCAAUUAAAAGAGCAUUUCUCUACGAAACAAUAAAUACUUUGGUAUUUCUUUUCAAAUGUUUUGAAUAUCUGUAUUAAAAAUAAAUAAAUGUAUAAAUUAAA